CAAAGGGACCAAAGGGACCAGGCGAGGCUCAGGAAGUAAAUUCUGACCAAGAGAGUUUCCCCAUCCUGGUCAGGUCCAUGUCCACAUCACGCAGACAUAGCCUGGGGAUGCCUUUGUCUCCAAUCGAUUUGGGGAGGAGGUUGAGUCUGGACAACGCAGCCAUAGACAGUGAUGGAGAGAGGGAAGAAUCUUGCAUCCAUCCUUCCCAUCAACAGACCUUCUACUACCCCGAAUGCCCUGAACAGGAAUUGGAGGAGUCACAUAACUUCUCCAGUUGUAAAGCGAAGGAGACAGAAAUGGAGGUGUGUGGUCAGUCUAUGAGAACAUAUUCCAGAUCCGAGAUCUUGGCAACGGAUGAAAGUGUUGAUGUUGCACAUGUGUCUCGUGUGGUGGAGACAUCUAAAAGGGCAGCAAGAGAGGAGCUGGACCUAGAGGAACCCAAUUUGCACACUGCAGAAGGACAGACUCAUAUGCUGAUGGUACAGAAAGUUCUGCAAGAGCUAAAGCAGUACCAUGGAGCCAAGCAGAGAACCACCAGGCCUGAGGAGAAGGAGUCAGGAAGUAGUGUCACUUGGUACGAAUUCCUCUCUAAUGAAAAUGAAGAGGAUGAGGACAGGUCAGAAAAAGUGAAGGGAACAAAGGUGAAGCGGACACUGAGCUCACUGAAGAACAGAAUGACUGGCUCCUUCAAACAAGACAAGCAGGGUAAGAAUCGAGAGAAAGAGCAGCAGAGGGACAAGGGGAAGGAGAAAGACAGGGAACCCAAAGAGAAAGAGAUACUGCGUGGCUGUAGUAGCAGUGGGCAUCAGCUGGUGACAGGCUCCUUCUCUAGCUCUGCCACCUGCUCACUGUGCAGUAAGGCUCUGCACAAAAAGCAUGGUCUGCAGUGUCUGAACUGUGCAGUAAACGUUCACAAGAGUUGUCGGACCCUUCUACCUGAGUGUAACAGCAGCAAAAAUAAGAAAAGUUCUCUUCAAAGGACCUCUUCAAAGGCAUCUCCUAACCUAGCCCUGAGGGAGCGUGAUCGGGACCAGUCCUUCCCCGAUGGCCCAUCCGGCUCUCCACGUGUUCCAGGCAUGACCCUCACCCAGCGCAGACCAAGCGCCCAGCCUGUCGCCAGCAGCUCUUCUUCAAGCCUCAGUCACGCUGCUGCAGCCAGCCUCAGCCACAGCCACAACAGCAGCUCUGGAUCCCUCCCUGGGGACAUGGACGAAACGGACAGCGGGAAGCGCUUCAACGACGACGUGGUGUCCCUGGCCCCCUCCACCAAUGACGCUGUCAUCGUCGAGGAUGAGUACUACUCAGCGGUUCAAGCAGAAUUAGAUUCCGACGCACAGGACCUGGAGGUGGAGUCAUGGAGCAUGGCUGUGGACCAACAGUAUCUGAAGAACCACACCAAGGAGAUGAUCAAGAGGCAGGACGUCAUUUACGAGUUGAUGCAGACUGAGAUGCAUCAUGUGAGGACCCUGAAGAUCAUGUUGCGUGUGUACAUGAGGGAGCUAAAAGAACAUCUUCAGAUGGAAGAGCGCCAGCUGGAAUGUCUGUUCCCACGCCUGGAGAGUUUGCUGGAGCUGCACACAUACUUCCUGUCCCGCCUCAAAGAGCGGCGCCGAGAUGCCACUCAGGCUGGCAGCGACCGAAACUAUAACGUACAGAGACUUGCUGACAUCCUUACCACGCAGUUUUCAGGUGAGAUAGGGGAGCGGAUGAAGGAGAGCUACGGUAAUUUCUGCAGCCACCACACUGAGGCUGUCAGCUUUUAUAAAGAACAGCUUCACAACAACAAGAAGUUUCAGAACCUCAUCCGGAAAAUAAACAAUUUGCCUAUUGUGAGGAGAUUAGGAGUGACGGAGUGCAUUCUCCUAGUAACACAGCGCAUCACCAAGUACCCAGUGCUAGUGGAACGCAUUGUGCAGAACACUGAAGCAGGCACAGAGGAGCAUGAGGAACUGACAAGGUCUCUGGCUCUGAUCAAAGACUGCAUCGUCCAGGUGGAUGCCCUUGUCAACAUAAAUGAGAAAGCCUCGCGGCUUCGAGACAUUGCUCAAAAGUUAGAGCCCAAGUCCCUAGGCAAGAUUAAAGAUGGCCGUGUGUUCAGCCAAAGGGACCUGACCGAGGGUAGACGCAAGCUGCUGCACGAAGGGACUGUCAACUGGAAGGCCGCCUCCGGCAGGCUCAAAGAUAUUCUGGCUGUGCUUCUGUCUGAUGUGCUGCUGUUACUCCAAGAUAAAGACCAGAGAUACGUCUUCUCCGCAGUGGACAACAAGCCAUCAGUGAUCUCCCUCCAGAAGUUGAUUGUCAGGGAGGUGGCCCAUGAGGAGAAGGCCAUGUUCCUAAUCUGUGCCUCGUCCAAUGAGCCUGAGAUGUACGAGAUCCAUACCAUCUCCAAGGAGGAUCGUAACACCUGGAUGACACACAUUCGCCAAGCCGUUGAGAGUUGUCCGCACACAGAGAGGCUCUGCAAUGAGGAAGAGGAGGCUCGGGCAACCAGAUUCAAAGAGUUCCAAGAGCGUCUGAGCCAGAAGGAUAGCCAGAUUAUGAUGGGUCUGACUGAGAAGCUGCAGCUGUUUGCAGACAUGGCAGACUCUGUGGUUGGCCUUGAGGAUAUGGCCUCGCGCUCCCAUCUCCUGCUGCGCAGCGAUCCCUCAGACCUCCACCAGGGGGAGACGCUGCUCAAGGGGGCCAUCACUGAAGUGGAGAACCUCCAGAAUCUGUUAUUGUCUGGUGUGAGAGAGCCAGCUACACGUCUAGAAGAGGACUCAGGCUUUGGACUUUUGCCCAGAAGAGCAGAUACGUUUGGGGGCUACGACAGCAGCCCCACCAUCCUCAGCAAGAAAGGUAAUUCAAAGAAAAAGAACUACAUUGGAAGGGACAAGGGCAGAGACAGGAGUCAGAGAGCCCAUUCCGACCCCCAGCUCAAGGCCCUGGAGCAGACACCGGCUAAUGAUGAAGAUGAUUAUGAGACAUCUCCAGCUGUUUGGAACCCCAUCUGGUCCCACACCUUUCCUGAGGCUGAGUUCUUUGACCGGGUUCUGAUGCUGUCUCAGAGACUCUACAGCCUUCAGGCUAUCAUCGCUCAGCAAGACAGCCACAUCGAGCUGCAGCGUGCCUCUCUCACCGAGCGUGCCUCCUUCCCUGGUCGACACCGCGGAAACGUGCUCCUGGAGCAGGAGAAACAGAGGACGCUGGCCCUUCAGAGGGAGGAGCUGGCCAGCUUCCAGAAGCUGCAGUCACAGCACCGACAGGAACAGGCUCGCUGGGAAAAGGAGCGGGAGCGCAGUCGGCUUCAGGCAGAGGCCAUGGAGGGCAGGCUGAGGAAGCGAGAGGAGGAAUGCCGGAGGCUGGAGGAGAAGUUAGCGGAGGAGCGAGAGGAGCUGGAGAGACAGCGGGAGAUGUACCAGCAGGACCUGGAGCGACUGAGGGAGUCAACCCGCACCGUGGAGAAGGAGAAGGAACGCUUGGAGCAGCAGAGGAAAGUCAAGAGGAAGACCAUUGAGGUGGUGCCCCUCUCCGGCAGUUUAAACGGAGAUCUCCUGCUGAGCGGCGGAGCUAUCGGCCCAUGUCAGCCAGAACUUGCUCACACCCUGCCCCUGCCCCAGAAGGCCCCAGUGCGCCCCAGCCUCUCUGUGGCACCCGCAGACUAUGCCGAGCGCCCCGACGUUCCGCAGCGGGGUCAGAGCGCCAACGCUGCGGUCCUGCCGGUGAAGAAGGAGGUGCCGCUCCACCUGUGCAGCACCACCAACCAGCAACACAAGCAGGUGGGCGUCCAGCAGCAGAUUCCCACCAAGCUGGCGGCGCUGAGCUCCAAGAGCACCAGGAGUGGCAAGGGCAAAGCCUCGCAUCGCACCGACAGCACGGCCUCAGUGGAUAUGAAGCAGAUGCUGCCUAUGAAGUUGUCAGGGAGAGAGGACGGCACUCUGAAAGCCAAGCGCUCAGUCAGUCCUCAACUGCAUCUCCCCCAUGCAUUAGUCCACUCCCAGUCCCUGCACUUUACAGUGAGCCAUCCUGACAGUUGGCCAGAGAACCAGCCUUCCUCCACCUACUUGACCAGCCAACAGAAGUCCCCCAGCCAGGCUUCAAACCCCCUCCACAACCCGCCCCAUGCUUCAAACCCCCUCCACAACCCGCCCCAUGCUUCAAACCCCCUCCACAACCCGCCCCAUGCUUCAAACCCCCUCCACAACCCGCCCCAUGCUUCAAACACCCUCCACAACCCGCCCCAUGCUUCAAACACCCUCCACAACCCGCCCCAUGCUUCAAACACCCUCCACAACCCGCCCCAUGUUUCAAACCCCCUCCUUACCCAAAACUCCAACGCCUCUACAUCCCAAUUCUCUGUUCAGGGAUCCAGUCACAGGACCACCGAGGACCUGAACAAGGAAGACGUCAUCUUUUUCUAAGUCCUCCUUCAGCCUCCCCUCUCAGCUAAUGGGUUAGCAUUACGAGCAGGGACCUCUGUCAUCUCCUGUGAUGUCAAUGCCUGACAACUGAAACUGAGUUCUUCUGUUGCUACAUAUUGGGUACUUGCUUCAGUCUGAGACUGCUUCCAUUCCUGUUGUUAAAAAAUAACAUAUCUAACCUAUCAGAGUAUCAGUGAGGCAUUUUAAAACACUGCUUUCCCUACCUACGUCGCCUCUUCUGGGGCAAGUCAGAAUGUUAAGACUGUGUUUGCGUUCAAGAAACUGUUGGGCAGUCAGAUCCAGAUUAAUUACGGAGAAGAAACAAACAUCUGUGAUCUUGGUGAAACGUUUGGCUGGAGCAGGCCAUUGGUUAGCCAGGCUGGGAGCUCUAGGAACUGAUCACAGUACCUGGCAAAAAAAACAUUUCCUUUAAAUGAUGUCAAGAUAGAAUAGAACUGUGUUCAUUCUCUUUUAGAAGAAUCCAUUUCAUGGCUCCCUAAACACAUUUUGAUAACAGCUGAUAGUUGUUUUUGAUUGUUGGUUAUGAAGAAAGAUUACAGAGUAGUAUGAACAGUUAUUUUAAACAUUAGAAGAUUUGGUUCUGGACCAAUCCAAAGACUUUCCGACAGAGAGGAGUAAGAGAGGCAAGAAAAAGGGCUGUGGGUGUUAGUGUGGAGCGGUAAGAGAAAGUCAAUGAAGCAGUGUCUUGUGACAUCUGUCCCUGAGAAACGAUACGCACCUUCUGUAACUGGAGCCACAGGAGGCGAUGAACUGAUGAUUCCAUUGGUUGCUGGCCUGUUUGUUGACUCAGCCGGAUGCUUUUAAUUUGCACAGUGUAAAUACUACUUUUAAUAGGCAACCUCACCUAUGAUCCUGAACUGUGAUUGUUGAACCACAUGUGAAGUUCUGUCUGGGAAAGGUUAAAUUCCAUUUCAUUAUUUCUUUAAUCAGUGUGUUCUUACUAGAAAAGACUACUAAUCACUGGUGUUCUGUUGUCGUUGACAUAGCCCCCUUUUGUGAUGGUGUCAGAGGCUUUUCCAAACAAUUCAAUAUAAAGAAUCAGGACUUGAUGAUGAUGAUGAUGCAGCCAUUGCCAUAUUUCUGUUCUCCAUACCAAUCAUACAAGUUCUUCUUUGGGUUACAGUGGCUUUUAAGUUCAUUGUCUGGUUAUUUGCACACUCAGUUCCUAUAAUAUGUGUAAACAUGGCUAAUAAAUAAAACAAAUCCUGUUG